AUGACGCGAGCUGUGUUAAUUAUUUUCUGUGUCAUCGCAACUGUGAUCCGAUCUACUGAACAAUUGACAUGCGGCCCCAACGAGGACUUAGUGAAGUGUCCGGCUAAAUGUCUAUCAGACUAUUGCCCAAAGCAUGCAGAAGAAGAUAGAAGGUGUGAGAAACCAAAGGUAUGUGGAGAGCCGAAGUGCAAAUGUGGCUUCAACAUGCGGAGAGCUGAAAAUAGAGCUUGUAUAUCGACACGGGAUUGCCCACCCUUUCCUUGUACCGCCCCCAACACAGAGUACGUGAGCUGUCCUUCGUACUGUCCGACAGACGAUUGCUCACAAGCUACUCCUGAUGGCAGUUGCCCCAUAUUCGGCUACAAUCUCAUCGUAGUCGAGUGCUUUCCUCAGUGUAGAUGCAUCAGUGGCUACUGGAAGAACAACGGGACAUGUGUACCCUAUAGUGAAUGCCCCCAAAAUAAAAAUUAA